AUGCUCAGCGCGAACCUCAUUCGUAGAGGACACAAAGUCAUUGUCAUAACACAUAGCCAUGCACCAGAUCGUGUUGGAAUCCGCUGGCUUCUUCCGUCUCUGAAAGUGUACUACAUCCCACACCUCCCUAUUGCGUCGUCCGCCACGUUGCCCAACUUCUUCACCUCGCUUCCAUAUCUCCGCACAAUUCUCCUACGUGAACAUAUCCAUCUCAUUCAUGCACAUGCCAGUCUUUCUUCCAUCGGACACGAAGGUAUCCUUCAUUCGCAUCUCAUGGGUAUACGGACAGUCUUCACAGACCACAGUCUGUUCGGGUUUGAUGACGCGGCGAGCAUAUUAACCAAUAAGCUCAUGGUUGGAACUUUGAAAAACGUGGAUGCUGUUAUAUGCGUGUCUCAUACUGGACGCGAGAACACGGUUCUGCGGGGACAGUUAUUUGAAAGGAAUCCAGAAGACCCGGAGGUCCUUCAGCUGCGGAAAAGUGUCUACGUUAUCCCCAACUCCAUAGUGGCCCAACAGUUCCAACCAUCCAUCCAGAAACGCAAUGAAACCACUACUAUCGUUGUCUUGUCGCGACUCGCCUACCGCAAAGGGGUCGAUCUAUUCGUAGCCACAGCGCCCAAGAUUUGCCAACUCUUCCCCAAUGUCAAUUUUGUUGUUGGUGGUGAUGGUCCCAAGCUCAUUGAUAUCCUUCAAAUGCGGGAGAAACAUCGACUCCAGGACAGAAUUGAGCUUUUAGGUCCUGUGCGACACAAAGAUGUUCUAUCUGUUCUUUCUAGGGGUUCAAUCUUCAUGAAUACGUCCCUGACCGAAUCAUUUGGCAUUGCCAUUUUGGAGGCUGCUUGUGCCGGACUUUACGUCGUCUCCACUAAAGUAGGAGGAGUUCCGGAAAUAUUACCCGAAGAUAUGAUUAGUUUUGCAACGCCGGAAGAAGACGAUGUGAUAAGAGCAAUCUCGGAGGCCAUCGAGAUCAUUCAGAAUGGACGCCACGACCCAAUACAGGCACAUGAACGCAUCAAACAAUUUUAUAACUGGGAAGACGUAGCUGAACGCACGGAAAAGGUUUACGACACCGUUUUGAAAACUCCGCAGAUAGAUUUGAUGGAACGCAUUCAUAGAACUAUGGAUAUUGGCCCAUUCGCCGGCUUGAUAUACACAAUUAUUUUACUUGUUGACUGCAUUUUUUUCUUAAUUCUGGAAUGGUGGAUGCCACGAGAUGAUAUUCAUUAUGUACAUCAUCAUUGGGACCAAAACGUAUUUAGACAGCUUGUUGUUGACGCUCAAGAUGAACGGACCACUGACUAG